AUGGCCCCCUCGAUCCUCGAGACGUCGACCGACGAUCGGAUUAGCCUCAGCCAGGACGGCUAUGAGUGCUCCGAUCGCCUGACUCUACUCAGAAGCAACCCUGAGGCUCCGACAGAAUGCCAGGUCUGCGUUGUUGGCGCCGGUCCCGCUGGCCUGAUGCUAGCUACGAACCUCGCCCGCUACGGCAUCAAAGUGCAGGUCAUUGACGACAGGGCCGACCAGACACCCGUAGGAAG